AUGCCCUCACCUAAUGUUGUUGCACCACCUAAACCUACUCAAUUGCCAGCUCAACCCAUGCCAAAUCCUAACAAUAAACAAUCACAACAACAACAUGUUUAUGCUACUGAUCCAAAUCAAUAUCCUGCCUAUGUUGUUAAUAUAAUUGAUAUCCAUUUAAGGUCCAGAACAACUCUUCCUGCACAAUCACCUCCAGUUAUCACCGAAAUGCCUGAUGAAGGACAUAUCUACCAAAGUGUCAAGAAUUCACCAAUCCCAUCAAGGCCAGAACAACAAGAAUCAAGCAAUACUCCUCCAUUUCCUCAAAUAUUAGAGGUAGAACCAACUAAACAAAAAGAAGAACCUAUAUUUGAUAUUGUGGAUCAAUUAAAGAAUGUAUGUAUCAAGAUUCCUUUGUUUCAAGCAAUAAAGGAUGUUCCAAUAUAUGGGAAGGCAAUAAAAGAAUCUUUCUUGAAAAAGCCAGGAAGAAAAAAGAAAGAUCCACCUAUAGUUCAUGUUGUAGGCCAAUUAGCAGACCUCAUGUUAGGGAAAGUUUCUAUCCCUAAGUAUUUAGACCCAGGAAGUCAUCUUGUGGCAGUAGUUGUCAAUGGAAUUCAAGUUCAGAAUGCUCUUAUUGACGUUGGAGCAGCUAUCAAUGUUAUGACAAAGGAUGUGAUGCAGAAACUCAAUAUCACUAGCGUAAGGACAACAACUACAGUCCUACAACUUAUAGACAGUUCUAUUGUUACACUAGAUGGUAUGGUGGAAGAUCUUGUAGUAACACUGGAUUCCUGGGAAUAUCCAACUGACUUUGUCAUUCUUUCACCCAAAGCAACUUUAGGAGGUUAUCUUAUUAUUUUGGGUAGACCCUGGUUAGCCAAAACAUAUGCUUUUAUAGGAUGCCAAUCAAAGGACAUGACCAUUUUUUAUGGGACAAAAACUAAAACACUUGCAUUAUAUUCACCUGCCCAACCUCAACUUGAGGAUGAGCAUUUAGUUUGGCCAGACAUAGAAGAAGAAUAUGAUAAAUUCCAUACAACAAUUAAUGAUGAUUAG